GUUCCAUAUUUCGUCCAUGUAAGCAGCUAAAGCAUUUUCAGUCAAAAUUAUAAUUCCUCACACCGAUUUAUAGCCGCCUCCUCCAAAAUUGUAAACAUGUUCGGGAUCGUGCAACAGGUGAGGGAUCUGCUGCGCGUCCACUACAAUGCACUGGGUGUCAGCUGCCUGAUCUGCGUGUCUCUGGUUGGCAUUCUGGACUACAGUCACGGAGUCCAUGGCUGCGAUCUGUACUGCUGGCAGGAGCAGCUGAAUCUGGUGGAGGAUAAGCCCAUGGCCCUCAUGCUGCUCAUUGCCAGCCUCAAGCUGUUAAUCAUCCUGGUUCUGACACUGCUCAGUUAUACACAGACUCGCCCUGCGCCGGAGCAAUCGAUUGGGCAGCUGAAGCGUCGCUAUCGCCGGUUCAUUGUGAUGCGUCUGCUGGCGGCCCAUCAUAGAUUCCUCUAUGGCUCCGAGCAGCUGCAGCACAGGCACUCGGAGCUGCUGCUGGCCAUUCAGCUGUUUCGCUCCGAUGCACGCAAACUGUACGAACGCUCGGCGGAGCAGCUGCGUCAGGACGUGCACCAGAUGCUCCAUGUGGAGGAGCAGCUGGAGCAGGAGCUACUGCAGAGGGGCUACGACAGGUACAAGUGCGUCUCCCAGUUACGGGAUGUGGAUAUAUAUCGGUUGGUCUUGGCGAUGCCGUUUCCCAAAGCAUAAACCAAGCAAGUCAAUAAAGUGUGGUGCUCACAGGA